AAAAUAAAGCUACAGAAGUGAAUCACAGGAGGCUGCACAAGUUGCUCCCUGGGUGUCCCAGUGUCCCAGCGUAGGCUCCUCACCUCUGCCUUUGGCCUUAGAUGGAGACUCUUGGGUUGGAGCUCUUAACCAUCGGUGUGCAGCAGGGAUGCAGUGGUGUGUAAGCAGGAUCCGCCCACCCCUCCCCUCUAAGUCAGCGUCAUCGCCCCUUCCCCUCCCAUCUCCAGCCACUCAGUGCAGCAGCCCCACUCUCGCCUGGUCCCGGACUCGGGGAAGCUCCGCUGAGAGGACCCUGCACUCUGCUGCCCACUAGGCUCCUGGCACCUUCCGUAGCCAGUGUCUGCAUCCACCCGGAUCCUUGCUGGGCAGCGCCCCUGGGACGGGAGGAUACAGUAAGCAUCUCAGCGAAAUGAACAGUGGAAGACCCGUGGGACGAGGAGGUGAGAUGAAGUGGAGAUCUUGGGCUUGCUUUAAAGGACCAGCCAGGGAGGGCAAAAUAGAAGAACAAGAUGGAAAAUACGUUACUCUGGUUGGUAAUUUUAAUCCCUGGAUGGGCCCUCUCUGAUGGGUCGGAAACAGAACUAGACUUCACGUGGCACUUGAGCAGAAUACCCCAGGUUGUGAGUGAGAACACUAUCCAUCUUGCCAGCCCCACGUUCCAGGCGGAUGCUGGGGUGGUGAAGGCCACAGUGUGUGGCAUCGAAUGUCAGGAAGAGCUCCCGGCUCCCAGCCUUUCCCAGUUGGAAGAGUCCCUAUCCUAUGAGACCAUCUUCGAGAAUGGCACCCGAACCUUAACCAGGGUGAAAGUUCAAGGUCUGGUCCUGGAACCCACUCGGAACAGCAGCGUAAAAGGAGCACACCCUAGGAGAAGGAGGCAGGUGUAUGGUACGGACAGCAGGUUCAGCAUCUUAGACAAAAGGUUCGCGACCAAUUUCCCUUUUAAUACAGCAGUGAAGCUAUCCACCGGCUGCAGCGGUACCCUCGUUUCCCCCAACCAUGUGCUCACAGCUGCCCACUGUGUCCACGAUGGGAAGGACUAUGUCAAAGGCAGUAAAAAGCUGAGGGUGGGAGUGCUGAAGAUGAGAAACAAAGGAGGUCGCAAGAAACGCAGAGGUUCCAAAAGGAGCCGGAGAGAAGCAGAGAGUGCUGGUCAAAGUCAGGCGCAUCUUCGGGAGAGCACCACCCAAAGACCGGGGAAAAAAUCCAGGCGUGGUCCAAGAGUCACCCAAGGAAGGCCUUCCUUCCAAUGGACCCGCGUCAAGAGCACCCACAUUCCCAAAGGCUGGGUGAGGGGAGAGAAUGGGGGCCUGGCCUUGGACUACGACUACGCGCUCCUGGAGCUGAAGCGCGCACACAAGCAACAGCACAUGGAGCUGGGAGUCAGCCCCACCAUCACCAAGCUGCCGGGAGGCCGGAUCCACUUCUCUGGAUUUGACAACGACAGGGAUGAACAGUUGGUGUAUCGGUUUUGCAGCGUUUCUGAGGAAUCCAAUGACCUCCUGUAUCAGUAUUGCGAUGCUGAGGCAGGCUCCACAGGCUCGGGGAUCUACCUGAGGCUCAAAGAACCAGGCCAAAAAAAUUGGAAGCGCAAGAUCGUCGCGGUCUACUCGGGCCACCAGUGGGUGGAUGUGCACGGAGUUCAGAAGGACUAUAACGUGGCUGUGCGCAUCACUCCGCUCAAGUACGCCCAGAUUUGCCUCUGGAUCCACGGAAACGCUGCCAACUGUGCUUACGGCUGAGGGAAAACUGAAGCGAGCUUCAUGCACAUCUUGAAUCCCAGAGAAAGCCAGCUCUCAUUGAGAGACCACUCAUGAGCUAUGCAUAGGCUUGGACUAACAGUGGUUUUUACAGCGUUUUUUUUACAGACGUCCUUUAUCAAAGUUAGGUUACUUUUGCACAGUUAAAAUGUUAGUUACAGAUACUGAAACUAGAUGGCACUUCAGCGACAAGUAUAUAUUCUUUAUAUGGUGAUAAGUUUCGUUUUGGGGGAAACCAUUUGUUUACUUGGGCCUUUUGGAAUACCAGACACUCUUUAAAACAUCAAACCAGAACUGUGAUGUGACUUCUCAAUGGACUAGCUCUUGAGUCCUACUCUAGGAAGAACCUAGGAGGAUGUAGUUCUAUGUUCAACCUCUAUGGAAAAUAGGAAGAUUCACAGUAACACCGUUAGAAUCAGGGGAGACAGGAGGUUUAGUUUGCAAUGUGAUGAAAUGCUAUUUCAUUCUUGCCUUCAGUGUUUAUAUGUGUCUUCUCUUGGUACUGAGAAACUCAUUUCAAGAACUAUAGAUCAAAACAUAUAAAAAUUACAAAUCAAAUAUACUAGUGAGCUGCAUAAACAAAACUCGUAACUAUGGCUUUAAAAACCCAACACUGAAAAAGUAAAACGUAAAAACAAAAUUCUAGGCCUUUAGGCCCAGGCUUGGGAAUGUGGUCUUUGUGACUCAAUGCUCCAAGGUAUGCUAAUCAUAAAACAGAUAGCAACAUCCCUCCACCCACCCACUUCCUGGGUUCUAGGAGUAUUCAUUCAAAGAAAGUCACCCUGACCCACCCUGACCAUUGCUGGAACCCACUAUGCAAAGGUGCUAUUGUUAGGGGCUCUUAGAAACUGUCUUGAGAAAUAACCCACACAAUCACCAGGUAUUCCUUGUGACACUUGUGACUUUGCACUUCCUUGUGACUCUUAACUGGUAUUUUUGGUAUGUUCCAACAACGCCUUUCCCACCUCCUUGAGUUGUGGUUUCUUCCUUUAAAUACCCCCUUACUCAGCUACUCGGGGCCCCACGGUCCUCUACCCCUGCGUGGUGUAUGACCGUGGGCCCAAGAGCGCUCUUGAAUAAAAAUCCUCUUGCAGUUUGCAGCAAGACCGUUUCUUGUGGGUGAUUUUGGGGUGUCGCCUCUCCUGAGUCAGAACAUGGGGGGGGGGGUCCUCACGUUGUGGGUCUUUCAACACCAGCUGGGUCCAUCUAGAAUUUGGAGAAACACUUUGUUCUAUGUAACGAACCAAGUUUACAGAUACUGAAAGCUGAGACACUCUAAGGUCUCAAGUUUUACAUUCUUAAAAUACGAAGUUUUCAAGGCAUAGAGAGAAGCCAUUUCACAAGCUACCAUCCUCUGGCGAAAGCCAUGCCCUUUUGUGUUGUACUUUCUGCCGUGAGGUGCUAUAUUUUUUAAGUAAGGCAUUUUGAAGUCUUUUUUUUUUUCAUAAGAGAACCCACCUACCCCCAACCCUGAGAUACCAAAGAAGGUUCUGAUGGCUCUCAUAAGGGACCAAGGGGACAUCCUUGCUCUGCCUCCCAAGUAGUACUAAGCAGUUACUGUGUACCGUCCUAGAGCAAAAUGCACAACAGGCAUUCAGGAUGCACCUCAUGAAUAAACACGACUAUGGACAACGGCUAUAAAAAGGGGUUAAGUCAGGGCAUUCUGCUUAAAUGGUUUUGAUGAUAUAAUCAACUACACCCUAACAUUUAAGUAAUCAAAGGCCCAAUCUUUGGUCUACUCUUUCUGGAAAUUUCUAAGGCCACAUAUUUUCCCACACUCAAUUCAUUGCCAGGGUAAAACCUUUUUUUCUUUUAGAUGUGUCCUAAUAAAGACCACAAAAUUAAGAAAUAAUGUUGUUUUCUAUUUUUGCUUUCUGUUACAGUCUUGAUUAGUAUGCAAAGGAGCAUCUUCACUGGGUAUCAUAAUGACUCUGUAAAUGGUCCUCAAAACGUGUGGCGUUCUUUCAUAAUGUGGGUUGUUAAAAAAUAAUUCAAUAAAACUAAAGAAUAAAAAGUA